AUAAUCUCUCGUGAUCCCCUGAGACUCUCUUCGGAGGGAAAUGAAUCUGACUAAAUUGAAUCAUGUUAUCUCAACUUGAAUACAUUUAAUUCAAGUUCAGACAAAAAAAAACGAUUGUCUCGCGUGGUCUUGUGUGAUAUCUCGUGAUAUCCCAUGAUCUCACUCGUCUUCAGCAUAAGAUCAGUCUGACUAUAAUGAAUCAUGUUAUCUCAAAAUGAUUACAUUUCAUAAGCGUGAAGUUGUUGAAUUUCUUGCUUAUCCAACAUGAUUUUAUCACGUUUUUGUUUGAAACAUAAAAUUAUUUAGUUAAAAGUACAUGAUAUUCUUUUGUUAAUGUGACAACCCCCUAAGUUCAUUUUUUUCAGUGUGUGGGGUUACUUUUAAUAUCUCUACCUCAGUUUUUAACACACUAAAGCUAAAUUGGAGUCAACAAUUUUAGCUUAAUUUUUAUGUAAACCACUCACAAGUCAGAUAUGAGGAAGCUUGGAUUUAACAAUAGUGGUUGGUUUAGUGAAGCAUAGAAAAAAAUAUCCUUACUUGCAGAGCUGGAUACUGAAACAAAUUCUUUAUUGUUCUAUCUCUCUGAGGAUCUGUGGUUUGCUUUGCAGAAUGAAAAUAUGAACACUGCAUCCACAUACCGGUAAGUUAAAUUACUUUUUGCUUUGCAACUAAUACAAUAGUUUAGUAGCUGUUGUCUAUUGAAGAUCCUAGUGUCACCUUUUGUCCUGAUAGUUCCCAACACACACAAACACAAACAACCAUCUGUACAAAUAUUCAUAUAUUCACACACAUUGUAGCAUCGUGCAGACACACAAUUGCUGCUAUAAAUAGUUAUCACUGUGCUUGUCUUCAUAAGAUAUUUCUUGCAGUCAGCUCCUAUUAUUUUGCAGCUUCUGUCUCACUUUUACCUCCCCAGUUUAUUUUCUCCUCUCCUCCAGCUCCUUCUCAACCUGACUUCUUCUCUCUCAGUCGGAAUACAAAUAACCCUCUCUCCUCCUCUUUCGCAUCUCUUUCUGUCCAUCUCCAUUUUUUUUACUCCUACAACAGCUCAUGUUCCCCAUAAAUUUUCUCUGCUUGAAUUCUUGCUCCUCAUCUUCAGGCAUGACUCAUAGACUUUACCCCCUCCUCUCCCUCAUCCCUACAUCUCUGCACUCUCUUCUGGGCGUCUGCUUGGAUUUUACCUCUUUCUUGCUCUUUCUGCUUCUUCCUCUUUUCCUUCUUCUUCUUUAGGCCCCUCUAUUCUUUUUUUAUGUCGUCAUCACUGAAAACCUCCCAUGUGUUUUUCUCCCCCUUUCCAACUACUUUAAAUUGUUAAAUCUGAGUCAACAGUUUUGCUCUGAGCCUAGUAAUGGACUGGAUAUGCAAAUAUAAAAUCUUUCAUUGCCCCUCAGCACCUGCAGUACGUCGUCAUGGUGAUAUUUCUUUAAAUGUCAAACUAAAGUAAGUUUAACUGCAAUGUUGAAUUUCAGAUGCAUCUUUAGUGUCUUCAUAUUAUUUAAGGUCAUGUCAGAUGAGUAAAGGAGUUCAUCUUGCAUCAAGACCUCGUAGGUUUUAUAUUAGCUCCAAAGCCUGGGGCUAAAAGCAUAGUGACUCAUUCUGUCUUGGGCAUUUUUAGUCCAUUGUCUGGUUGUUACCUGCUCUCUUAAACAGGUACAGAAAGCAUAAAUGCACUCAAGAGGUAAGAGUGUACAAUUUUUGGUUCUAAUAAGAUCCUACACACAUUUAGCAUGUAGGUCUCAUGGAUUGUACUGCCACUGAAUAUCGAUUAGUAAUGCAGAAAUAUUUAAAUAGAACUUCUGGGUAUUAAUGACCUUUAAGUCAGAGGUAAUUUUCUGAAAUAGAUGUGUUAAAAGGGACCUAAAAAAAUCAUGUUUUACUGCAGACGCAUGUCUCAGAAAGUUGAGAAAAAUUAAAUCUCACAUUAGGGAUGCUAAGAUAAGUAAAAUAAGAAAAAUAAAAAAAAAUAAGUAAAUAUAUAAAAAUAAAUAAUAAAUAAAAAUAAAGAUAAGAAAAAUUUCCAAAGUCCAUUCUUAAAGACCUGCAGCAAACAUCAUGAGGUCCCAAAGUUCCCAUAACAACCAGGAGUUCCUAUCAGUUCUCUAAGCUUCUGUUUGGAAAUAACAACAAGAAAAACAUUUUCUUUAGAAAAUCACAAACGUAUACAUGGUAUUCACUAAACGUUACCAGGACAUUAAGUGGAACAGUGUUGUUUGGUCAAGCAGCACAUUUCCAUGGGCAUAUCGUGUCAUGUCAUGCAUACCCAUCUACAGUGGAAACAGCCAACAAUUCCUAUUUUUGGCUUAACAGCCAAGAAUCAUAGGCAAAGUGCUGUCCAACUGCUAAUGGGUGUACAAAAUACUAACAAAGAAGGAGUAUGUAAUUGUGGAACUGCAAUUUCCUAGUAUUCCCCACUCCUGAGUAAAUGAACAUAAAUUAAAGUUUUAUUGUUUUCUAAAUUGAUUGGUGUGCAAUUAUGCCUCUAUAGUAAAAGACAAUUUUAUUUUAAGGCUUUUCAUCUUUACCAGAAGGGCUGGUAAGUUAUGAGGUUGCAGUCACUAUGAUAUAAAGAUCCACUUUACUUUUGUGAUGUUGAUUUCUUUUUUUGUAUUACUGUAUCUUGUUAGUCUUCUAAAAGGCUAGCGAUUACAUAAAUUAUUUUGCAAUUCAUUUUUCAAAUGGAUCCUGCAGAAUUAGAGUUUAUUGAUGUUUGAUUGCAAAAAAUAAUUGUCAAAAAGCCUUUGUUGUGUCUGCCUCUGACUGUGCACUCUACUCUGUAAUGCACACUCGCAAUAAUAGGCUUCACAUGAAUGUGAGUAGCCCACGAUGCGCACUAAUGCACCCUCAUACCCGAUCAAAAGCUAGCUUUCGAACAGUGUUCCCAUAAUUACCUGGGAAGGCUCAGUGCUCUUUAGCCUGGAGGAUGAUCUGGCCAUGGUUUUUACAGUUUCAAAGUAUUUUUUUCUUCUUCUUCUUUUUUUUUUCCACUGUCAGGCAUGAUUUGAAAAGACUUUGAUCCAGAUAAGGCAGGAGUUACUCCUGAUCCUAAUUCUAUAAUAUAAAUGGUUGCAGAUUAUUGUUUUUGAGGCUCUUGAAGAAAUUUCUGCAAAAUCAUUGCUAAUGUAUUCCUUCUUGUUGGUUGAUUGGAACAAAUAGACUGAAGUAAUCUUCUAUUUUUAUAGGUGUUAUUUUUCUUAUAAAGGCAUGUUCCUGAUUAUUUAUCUGAUUAUUAAUAUUCAUUGUAAAUAAUACAUUUCUUGAGUUCUUUGAAAAGCAAUGUUUCAUGCAGUCACAUUGUUUGGAUUCAUGGGUAAUUUACUGUUAAAUGAAAGCAACUAAUCCAUCAGGAUGAUCUGGAAAGGAAAACUAAAGCACCAUAUGGCUGACAUUUCACAAAGCCUUCGCCGCUUCUUUAUUAACUAUAACAGUACAAUGAGACAUUAACAAACUGGAGUAAAGCUGAUGAACAUGAUUCCUAGUGUAACAGAAAGUUCCCCUGAACCUACGCAGUUGAAACUCUGACCUGCGAAUGUUGAGGUCUGUAAUUUAAUUAGUAGCUGCUGGAUAUUUUUUUUGUCUCCAUUCUCUGACGUCAAGGACAGAAAAUCUGUCAAGCACCUCACAGCGCUGGUACGAGUCUGACAACAGAGGAAGGAUGACACAUUGCUGGACUGUGAGAAUCAUAAUGGCAGGUCUGGUUGGUAAGCCACAGAGAAAAGGGGGAAAAAUAGUCACAAAGAUUUCUUUUUCAACCAUGCUUUUUCUACUACAGUCUUAUAAUAUAGGAAAUAUUAGUAAUUAAUACAAAUUUUCUGCUUUCUAACCAAUUCUUCCCAGCUAAUUCAGUGCAGUGCUAUUGUAACUUAUUAGCAUCCCUUGUAUAAAGGUGUGUCUUUCAGUGCAGUAGGGUAAACCUGUAGAGUACAAAAAAGAUUUGACACAAAGGUUUAUUUCUCUAAGACAAGAAGACCUGGUAUUCGGUUCGGGAAAUCUGUUUAGAGAUGCUCACCUAAGCCUGUCCAUAUCUGUAGUCAAAGCAAUAACUAUACAUUUUAAGAUAGCUUGAACUGUGACAACUAAGAUUGGAAGAGAACUUGUUGUUAUCUUCCCACCACAUGCAGUGAACUGGAUAGUAGAGGAUGUAAAUAAAUCUCCAUCUCCAGCCGUUUGAUUAGUGGUGGUGUAAGAAAAGAAAGUAUGUUGAUGGAGAAUGAUGCUGUUGGCCUGCUUUUCCUUCCAAAGGCUCUGGGAACCUUAACAUUUCAUUAUAUCCUGGGGUCUCUCCCAGAAAGCUGACAAUUAUUUGUCAUUAGAACUUUCAAACUAUAGAACUAAAUCAACAAAAUAACAUUCUAAACAUCUCUGUAUGUUCCAACCUUGUGAAUUAUUAUAGCUGAAGACAAAUUGUUGCCCUGUUAAAAGAAGGUUAUGCAAGUUAUUAACACCAGGGGGAGGCAAUAAGUGCAAACAAUUAUUUCUUAAUAUGAAUCUAUUUAAUUGUGCUUGAAUUAUAUUUUCUCAUUUGGCGAUUGCUUGAUUAAGAUGUCUUAUUUUUUAAAUUAAAGAUAUUAAUAAUUCUUAACAACAUUGAAUCAACUUCAUGACUUGAAAAAAAACCCCUACCAUCUAAUUUAGACCAAAGCAGUUUUGUUAUUCAAGAUACAUGUGAUGUUUUAAGGGUGGAAAACAGAAGAAAAUUAAAUUUUAAGCAUUUUGUUCCUGGAUGAAAAUUCAUUCUAAGAGCUUGUGCAAUACGGCUGCAGCUCAUUUGUGUGAAUUUAUUGAGUGUGAAGUCAAGAGGUGUGCUUCUGCUCCCCGUCUGAAAUGGAGAUCCGAGUUAAUAGAAUCGGGAGCAGCAGACGUCUCUCCUCGCCGGAUCCCGGCAGCUGAAUCAGUGUGUUUUCAUUUUGUGUUAGAUGAAGAGGGGAAACUGGGGAGGCAGAAAGGAGGAGAAAGCAGGGAUGUUUGAAGGAGGGGAACAGCUUGUUAGAGAAAUAGAGAAAGGAAUAAGUGGAAAGCUCAGCUGCAGAUUUGAACAGACUGCAGCAUCAUACAUAUUACAUGCAUCAGAUAUUGCUCAUAUCAACACUUGCUCACUGUUACUCGAGUGGAAUAAAACUUCCAGAUCCCCCAGGAAUGAUAAAUAUAAAUCCGGAGAGUAAAUGUUGGAACCAAGCAUGAGUGGAUUUAAAUCAGCAGAUGAAUCCAUAGAAACCAUACAGCUCAAGGAGUUUAGUGGAACUGAGUCUGCAGUAAAACAUGAACUGUCUUCUACUAUUCUUUAUCUGAGUUGACCAGCCAGCUGCAUUUAUGUGUGUUGUGCAGCUCGAGAAGAGGAAGGGGAAAAAAAUAAAAAGAAAGAGAGAUUAAUUAAUGCAAAUGAGCCUGGGUGUUAGCAAAGUUUAAAAAAGGUUAAUUUUCUCCUAAUGUAAGCUUAAUUUGGGAAGUGCUGCAGAUUUUAGUGUAAUGAUUGCAACAUUGUUGAAGAAAAUCCAUCUUUAAUGCUGCCUGUGAUCUGUUACAAGUGCCUGCACACUUCUUGCUCACUCUAAGCCAGAGUUCAUUGGGUUUAUUCAGUUGAUAUAAAACACAUAGGAGUGGUGAUUGUAUCCACUGCCACAUGUGCACUAAAGAAAACUACUAGUUCUAAUUUAUUUAGGUUUACAAUAGGUUUAAUAGGUGGAAGAAUUACACAUAUCCUCUGGAAUUCUGAAGCUAUUUCAGGUUAGAACAUUUUAACAGAUUUAAACAGAUUCUGAAUAAUUUGGGUUGCAAGAAGUUCAGCCCUAACACUAAAAGCAAAGUUUGAUUGUUUUCAAAACAACUUGGCUCAAAACGUUUGUUAGUAAUAUAUCUAGCUAUUCUGGCUGCUCUGGAUGUCUUCACUAACCUUUCCCUGAGUUUUAUUAUUGGUGUUUGGAUCUGAAAUCCAUGCAGUGUCCUAACAUAUAGGUAAAUUGUUUUACUACAGCUGCAUAUAGGAAAAGUAAACACCCUUUUCCUCCCAUUCCUGUCACUUUUUGACAAAAACAUGCAAAUAAAGGGGUAAAUUGGACUUUCUCAAAACAUCUCUGAUGUUUGAUGCUUUCUGUGAUCUGUGCAUGUAAACUUUUUUUUUGGAGCUUCAAUUUUUGUAUUUAUUAACAAUGACAAAACACCACAACAAUAUAAAAUCUACCCUUGGCAUGUUGAAAAGGUGUCAAACUAUAUUUUAAAGUGAAUUUGAGUUAUUUUACGGAAAUCUGUGGCUUGUAGCUUUAAUCAUACUGGUGCUGGCUUUAAAAAACACAAACAAACUAGUCCAUGUUUCCUUUGUUUUUCCAUCCUGGGCAUAGAGAGAAAGCCUAUUCAACCAGGCACCAUGCAGGUUGCCUUGACAACAAAUAGUCAAGGCUGCUGGACAGUAGCACAAGAUGAGGCUAGCUCAUAGACCUCUUUGACAGUCAACGUUUUUGACGUAUCAUGGAAGCAGAGGUCCAGGUCAUCACAACAAAGACUCUGGUCUUUCCAGAAUAAAACAUCUCAACUGAAUGCACACCAUAUUUCUUCUGCUAUCCCUGCUUAAAUUUUUUUUUAUCACAUUGAAAAAAGCAAUUUGCAUUCUUGAACCUUAUGUCUUCUGUGAAAGCAGUGGCUCAAUUCAAUCCUACUAUGAGCUGCAACAACGAGAAAACUAUUUGUAGGAGGGAGUGCAUUAAAACGAAACCCUGAAACUUUCAUCUCAGAUGAGGUUUAAGACACAACUUAAGCUGCAUGCUACACACUACGUUUAAUUACAAUAUCAUCAUUUGAGAUGGACGAAUUAGUUUUUUUUUUUUGUUCUAAGUAUAUUAGUUAACUGGACCAGAAAGGAGCAUCAUUUCUGUUUUCCACCAGAAAAAUUUGAAGGAUCAUGUGUGAAAAUCAGGUGGUGAUCUUAGCACACAUUAUGUUAUGGAGUAAGAUAAUGAGCAAAAGCACAUCAAUAAUUCCUCCUCCUCAUGACUCAAGAAACAAAAUUAUGAUUUUAAGGUCCUGUCAAAACAAAGUAUAAAAUUAAAUUGAGAUACUCUGGUUUGCUCAUAAACAGGUAGUUCAUACUUGAAAACUCCUUCACAUCGAUUUAAAAGAGUCUGUCAUUUCUCACAGUUGCCUGAUGACAGUUGGUGAUAAAAUCAGUUAUUAGGUUUGGGGGGCAAAUAUUUUCACAUGGGGCAUGAAUGUGUUUGACAGCUUUUGCCCAAUUAUGCAUCUCUCUUCUCAUUAGAGAGAAAGUUGUCAAAUUUGAUCAAACUAAUUUGAUAGUUUGAUCUGAAACAUGUAUGACAAAAAAAAUAUAAACCAUAAAUAUUUAAUAAGGGGCGAAUAAUUGUUCACAACUUUGGGACAGCUGACAAUGGAUGUGUGAGGAGGAGUCUUUAGGGGUCAGUACAGGUAAACUUGGGUUUUCCCUGCUCUCAUGGGACUCUUGUAUUGCUUUCGCAUAAAUCAAGGUGGAACUUGAGUUACAUCUGGAUUUUAGAACAAUGGACCCAUGUUUUUUUUUUUUUUUUUUUUUUGCUGAAGUUACUUGAAUUUUUGACAAUGUGUUCAUGUACAUAAAAUGUGUUUGUGCAAACGUGCCACGGCAGGAGACAGUAGACCGGGGUGUGCGUGUGUGUGUGUAGGUGCGUGCGUGUGUGUGUGUGUGUGAGACGACGGUAUACGGGGAAGAAGAGAAGGGGAGAGAAGGAGCGACGCGGAUGACACGCACACACUCUCCCUGUUUCUCACAUACGGAGGAGAGAAGGACAGAGAGGGAGACAAGAGUGGAGAGACGCGGAGCAGAGGGGAAAGCGCACGGAGAGAUCAGCGGAGAAAUGCCCGCUGGACGGAUGGAUUUUAUUCUCCCUGAGCUGUACGAGCCUUUGUAAGACAACAUGGGCUGCAUUGGAUCCCGGACGAUCACAGCAGACGCGGUGCCGGUACGGAAAGAUGGGGAUCAGCAUGGCCAUACCGAGUUUUCCUGGGAAGGAAUCAAUUUGUCUAUGGAGGAUACUACUUCUAUUCUGCCUCGACUCAAGAGGAAGUCCGCCAACGCCUAUGGGAUUGGUGCCCUGGCUAAGUCCUCUCUGACAGGUGUGUCAGGUGUGACACGGUCAAUGAAGGACAAGGUGACCAAGCCCACUGCCAUGGCCCAGGGUCGGGUUGCCCACAUGAUCGAGUGGCAGAGCUGGGGCACACCGUCAGAAGGGCCGUUAGGGACCACAGGGCGUGCCAACCUGCAGCGGGAAAAGGAGAGGAGGAUGGAAAACGAUGCUUACAGCGACCUCAGUGAUGGCGAGAAGGAGGCUCGCUUUGCAGCAGGUAUUAUGCAGCAGUUUGCAAUCUCUGAGGCAACUCUGUUUGGCUGGAACUCGAUGGAUGGAGACAGCAUGGGAGCUGGCUCAAACCAGGGCAGCGUCGCUCACCUGAGCGAGGUCAACCAGGAGAGUAUUACCAGCAGAGACCAGGUACUCCAUCACUCCUCUGCAGAUGUCUGGCCUCACACCUACGUCUCACAGGGCCUGUACUGCCUGUCUUCCUCUGAUGCUUGGGACCCAAUCACCAGCCAGCCCUCGGGCGUGGUUUCACCUGCCGCAGGCUCCUACAUCAUGGCUGCCGGUGGUGGUAGUGGAGCAGGAGGUACCCCUGGAGAUGGGUAUGAGGGCACGGUUGGCAGUUACCUUCAGCAGCACCAGGCUCAACUUACACUGCAGCAACAAAGUCAACUCCAGCAUCUACAACAGCUUCAUCAAUACCAGCAGCAACAGUUUCUGCAGUACCAACAACCGCCUUUGGAGCACAGGCUACACAGUGGCUCCCCUUCCCUCCAAGCCACUCCUAACAGCACCAUCCACAGCCUCUGUCCUCCCACUCACCCCCGGCUAGCGGACCUGUGGGGGGCUGCGCAGGUGGAAAUCGUUGGUCAGCUGAGUGCACAGAUGCUUGACAUGGUUGGAGGCGUUGUAGAGACGGUGGGGGAGGAACCGGAACCUGAAUCCGACGGGAUCCUGGAGCAACACGAAGAGGAAGAAGAACUGACAAGGGUAGAGGAGAUAACACUGACCUUAGAGCCAGAGCCAUGCUCUUUAACACCAUCCCCGCUGAGGGAGGAAGCCCCAACGACAAGAGGUUCAAGCCCAGGAACACCAGCGCAGCCUGCAGAACCCAUUCUAGAGAGGAUACCUUUCGAUGUCACCCCUUGUGUCGUCCAAUCGCUCGAAGAGAAAGACGAGGAGGCGGAGGAGGGAUCCAUUGUAGUUGUUGCAACAAACUGAGUCACAUGGCCACAAAAAGACUAAGACUUCAAUAAUUAAUCAAGCUACUACUCCAUCCCUUCCUUCCUUCUCCCAAAUAUUUACCUUUCUAAACCUGAGUAAACGCUACUUCAGCUGGAAAUGUUGGAUGUAAUGUACACAAACUAGAUGCCAUCACCUCCCAGCCUCCCAGUUUAGCAUCAAAAAAGUGGACCUUAACAAGACUAUGAACAAGUAUUAUUAAAGGCUGGGAGGGACAAGAAGUCUUAUACUGCUGGAAUACAGAAACUGAAAAUAUAAUGGAUUACUAAUGUUUGGACCAACCGGACUGACGAACCAGGACUGGAAACCAAAUAGGGGAUGAAAGGACAAAACUCCCCAAAACAAAGAGACAAAACUGAGAGAUGAAUAAAAGGGCAAAUAAAAAUAAAGAAAACAUCUGUGCAAUACAAUAAUUAUGGAUACGAAAAUGGGUUGUUAAAUAAUUCAGAGUUCUUGGUUCCUGUUCCUUGGAGCAACAGAAGUCUGAGAGAGACUGCUGGAGAGCUGUUUGGUUUGCUAAUUGAUGCAUUUUGGUUGGACUGCAUUCCUGCUUAAUGCGACGUGGAGACUCAAACCUCAGAGCAACCUGGGGCGUGCACUUUGAGUUACUUGCAAACACACCAUCUGACCACAACCAAAAAACGCAUGCUUUUUAACAGUGACCUAGCCCUAAUAGUAUAACGCAGUAUAAAAGUAAUAAUAUAACAAAUUGUUUUUUACAAUAAAAGGAAAAAAAAACAAUAAACUGAUAUGUAUCUGUAUGAAUGUAAGACUGUAUGUAUGUGUGUAUGAAUGUAGCUGCUUUGUGUGUAAAAUAUAUAUUCUGGGAAACAAACUCAUAUCGGCGCUGGUUAUUUUAAGCAUGUUCUGCACAAUGAAAAAAACAUUCAGGUUAGUAUUUCAGUGUAUUUUAGGUUUAUGUAAUCUAAUAUUUCAGUUAGGUUAUAUGGCAUCGAAGCUUCAGAGUAAAGCUGUAAUUACAGCUUCAUAUCAGACUAAGGAAAAACAUUAAGGAUUUGUUUGUGUCAGUAAAAUAUUUUUUAACAGCCAACUACUUUUACUAUAAAAUAAUCGCACACUGAAAAGUGACAAAAUUUUAAUAGUGAUGCUAGUGCUGAUUAUUAAGAUGGAAAUAUUGAUCACAACCUUUCUCUGGGCUGGUUACUUUCAUUAUGACAUCUUCACCAUUCCUUGUGGGUCAUAGCAUCUUGGCUACUAAAAGUGGACACAUGUCACAUGACACAUUGCAAAGAUAACUGCUAUAUGAUAAACUGUGCAACUCUAAAAUCUAUCAAACCUUUUAGUAUUCAGUUGUGAUACUGUAAACAAAAGGAUCAUUUAUUUUCUGACCAAUUACACAUUUUACCAUCUUCACCAAUUGUCUGUUUGUAGAGAUAAUGCAAAAUGCAAAAUCUACAUUUUUUGAUUUUGUCUGCUUUUUGGUUAAUUUCUGAGGAGUAAAAUUAAUAAUAAAGCAGAUCUUUAUUAGCACCACGGGAAAAAAAUCUAAAACUGUUCCACUCAGCACAUUUGCCUCAUUUAUUAACCUAAAUAUUUUCAUGCUUUGUGAACGCAGUAAAGUCUGGUUGAUAAUUUUGAAUGCUUUAGCUUUGCAAAAUCCAUAUAGGUUCAGGCUAAAAUAUUUACUCAAAAAUGGUUCCUGGAUUUCUUUACAUAUGACAGAAUUUACUUUAAAAGUAUGGAUCCAUGAAAGUUAACAUGUAGUGAAGAAAAAGCCAGAGCAACGGUGGCUUUCAUUUCAUUCUUACUCCAGCGAUCAAGACCCUGAAGCCCCUAAUUGCUCUUAUAAUCAUCCACCCUCUUUUUGCCCUCAUGUUGCUCCGAGAUCUUAUCCUGUGAGCUGCUCUAUAGCUCAACUACAGAAGUGACACUUAGAUAAUGACACGGAAAUAGGGAAUAUAAAAUGGUGAAGUUCACCAACUCAUUUCCAAUAAAGUGAAAAAUAAAAAGACUUGUGAUAAGGAGAGAUCUGUUAUGUGGAACUCAUAGUAGCUCAGUUAUAAAUUGAAGAGCCUAGACAACCAUUAGAAGAAUUCACAGAAAGUAAGAAAUAUUUUAAAAUGUCAUUAAAAAAGGCCACUUAAUGAAUAUGGGAGGAAAUCCAUUAAUUCACAUUGUGCAUUUAUAAUUUUACUUUAGACUUUGUGGGAUUACUGUGAUGCAGUAACUUGUCUUAACAUUUAUUUUUGUUUUUCUGCAAUAAACAUUUUGAACUUGAACAUUCACCUGCAGAUUGCUACAAAGCAAAUUGUAUUUAUAAAGGAUACUAAAGGCAACUUAUUUUCAACAUACAUCCUUCAACACUAUUUUGUAUUUAUUUUUGUUCAAAUUGAUUCCAACAGUGAAGUUGCACAACUUCAACUCUAAAAGUUUGUUUUUGUUGAAGUAUGUAGUUCUUUACACUGGAGUCAGGGAUAGCAUGGAGUUGAUAGUCUUAUGUAAGAAACAAAUAUGUGGAAAGGUUUUGUAAGGUAAAAAGUGUUUACAGAGUUUCUAUGACAAGAUAUGCUCAGCUACAGUAUUAAAAAUUAAAUACAAUUGUGAUGGUAGUUUGUAUCAUAACAUUUGUGUUCACUUUUACAGUUUUGAGACUGGAGUUGUUUGAGGACAUCAAAACCUGACUUGGUCCCACUUUGGUUAGUUGUUAGCUUUAGCAUAUGGGAGUUAAUUAAUCUCAAAUCAUACAAAAUUAAGAUACUAAAUCAGUUAUUAUCUGUUAUUACCCAAACAUCACUUUAAACAGCUGCAAAUAGCACUCAUUUU